CCCUCUAAAUCCUUUACUUUUUUGCUCUCAGGUGCAAAUAACAACUAUAAAACAGUAGAGGAAAGAUAAAUGGCAGAAAUCGAGAAAGAAAUAGAAUCGAUAAGAGCAGCUUCGAACGAGGUGUCUCGUCAGUUCAAAACCCUAAUCGAUGCGAAUGAUUUGGAUUCUCUCAGGCACUUGCAGCUCCUCAUCUUGGGAAGGCUACAAGACAGCAAUGCGGUCUUAUCUCAUUUUAACGACUACUCAGAACAUUGCUUUCCUGAGGUUUCCAGUGACUUUUCAAGAAAUACACGCAUGUUAAAAUCUAUGAAGUCAGACCUUGAUUAUAUCUUUCAAAAGCUCAGGAGCAUGAAGGCAAAAAUUAUGGCUACCUAUCCAGAUGCAUUUCCGGAUGAAUCAACUAGGGAAGUAUUUGACCAAAGACCGAACCUAGAAGUGCCUCAGUAGCUUUGCUAUAGAAUCUCCAGGUCUUCCUGUGCUUAUCCCCCUUGAGCUGUAUUAAAAAUGCACUUCCCCACAUUAAUCUGGUGAAUUUAAGAUUUUAUUAUUGUAGUGUUUUCUACAUGGAAUGAAUCUUGAUUGAUUGAUGAGAAAACUGAGAUCUUCCCUUGUUGCUAUUAUUAUAUGUACUUCUGCAAUGGUUGUAUGCAAUUAUGAUAUUUACCUCUAUGUUGGUUGAUAAUGCAUGGGAAAGAAAAAACACGGGAAGCUGAGAAAGCAGUCUGUUUUAUUAGUU